AUGUAUGAAGGAGAAGGCUGGAAGUUGAUCAUAUACGAUUUGGACAAGUUUGACCCGAGGAUCGGUAUGCUUUUGAUCUGUGGAACAAAGUCCUGCGACUCGACGAUUGUGACAUUAUUGGGGGUGGUGGUUGGCUCUAACACGGGCUCGAGCUGUUCUUGCGGAGCUGGCUGGACUGCUAGAGCUGGCUUGGACUCCACGUUGAUGGUCGUUCCGUGGAAAACGGAGAUCAGUGUUGCUGUGGCGCUGCCACUGGGAAACGGGAGCUUUUCCUUGAUGAUGAAUUGUCUUCGUAGUGGAACAGCAAAAAAGACUCCAAAAAACGCGAGACCCAGGGCCCAGACCGUCAGCUUCCAAAGCGGCUGGAGAUCAAUCCCCGACUCAAACACUUUGAACAAAGACGUUCUCGACAUCGGUGAAUUGACAAUGGAGACGAGACUGGAGACUGCGGAAGAUCGAAAAGCCCAGCAAUGCAGAUGGAAGAGACAUCAUCGAAACCCAGCCAGUUUGAAGGCCGAACUGGAAGUUGGACACGAGGAUAAUCGACCCUAUCAGGAGCCCCGCAACUGUAGACCGAAAAGUCACCUGGGGCAGGGCAGCCUUUGCAUCCCAGGGCAUAUCGUUGGGCAGUUUGGCCGUGAUCGGCAUGGUUCAGUAGACUGGGCGGUUGAUGAAACAACGCUGUUAAAUACAACAGUACUAGACGACAAAACAUCCACCGCCUCGUACACGUUCACCAGCUUGUCCUGGUCGUCCACGAUUGGAACAGAGCUCACCGACUUGGAGAUCAGCAUAUGGAUCACGUCCAUCACCGGUGUUUCCAUCUUGACCGCAGAACAUCCUUUCGUGGUUCCCACAUUCAGCUCACUGAGCGGUUGUAGCAACAUUCGCGACUCUUUGCAAUUCAUACUCACAAACUUCAGAAUCCGGUACUGUGUCAGCACAGAGACCACAAUUUCUCGGUUUGUCUUUUCGUCUCUGUCGAUCAGCGGAAUUCUUCUCGCAGAACUCUCAAUCAUCUUCACACACGCCUCAUACAGCGAUUUGAACGGAUGGAUCGAGAUAGUCUCCAUUUGUGGUACUCCAAUCACCUUCUCGACGUCCCGGAGCCCGUCCAACGUCAAGUUAUCCACAAACUGGAAUUUGUCUGGAUUUUGCGAGUAG